AUGAUGAUGAGGAGGAUGAUGAUGAUGACAGUGAUGAUGAUAAUGGUGAGGAGGAGGACGAGGAGUGCCCGGCCCUUCGUCUGCGCCGGCUGCAGCAAGAUCUUCCAUUGGAGCCUGACGCUCGUUGCCCACUGGCACUCCCACACUGGCAAGAAACCCUUUGCCUGCGCUGACUGCGGCAAGAGCUUCCGCCACAGCUCCUGCUUCCUCUGGCACCGCCGCGUCCACACCAGCAAGAGCGCCGCCCCCCCCCGCCCCCGCCGCACCCACACCGGUGAGAGGCCGUACCGCUGCGCCGGGUGCAGCAAGAGCUUCCGGUGGCGCACGAAGCUCCUCGCCCACUGGCGUGCCCAUGCCAGUGAGAAGCCCUUCGCCUGCACCAUCUGUGGGGAGACUUUCUGCUACAGCUCCAGUUUCCUCUGGCACUGCCACGUCCACCCUGGCGAGAGACCGCAUGACUGUGGCCAGUGCAGUGAGAGCUUUAGCCACAGCUCUGACCUCAGCCAGCACCUAUGUAACCACCACUCCAAGGCUGACGGGCUGUGCAGUGGAGAGGAGAAGGCACCAGACCCCGUGGUCAUCCCCAACACCUGUGAAGAGGGCAAGGGGAAAUUCAGCCAGCUCUUGGACCUGCUGAGACAUACACAGAUGCACAGCAGUAAGAGCCUGUACAUCUGCAGCAACUGUGGCAAGAGCUUCACCAAGAUGCCCGAACUUAACUGUCACCAUCACACCCACACCAUCAAGGACACCUUUGCCUGCAACCUCUGUUGCAAGGCCUUCACUGAGAGCUCCUCACUCACCCAUCACAUACGGACACACACUGGCCAGAAGCCCUUUGCCUGUGACAAGUGCAGCAAGAGCUUCAGAUACAGCUCGAACCUCACCCAGUACCGCCGCAGCCACAAUGGUGAGAGGACAUACAUCUGUGGUGGUUGCGGUGAGAGCUUCACCCAAAAGUGCAGCCUCACCCGGCACAUGCGCACCCACACCAGGGAGAAGCCCUUUGCCUCUGACACCUGCAGCAAGAGCUUCACCGAGAAGUCCAACCUCAAAGAUCGCUGCAUCCACACUGGGGAGAGACCCUAUGUCUCUGACAAGUGCAUCAUGAGCUUCAGGCAAAACUCUACACUCUCCUGGCACCGCCACACCCACACUGGGCAGAAGCCAUACAUCUGUGGUGACUGUGGUGAGAGCUUCACCAGAAAGUGCAACUUCACCAGGCACAUGCGCAUCCACAACGGUAGGAAGCCCUUUGCCUGA